AUGGUUACAAUAAAAAAGCUUCAACGACGUCAUUCAAACUUUCAUAUGGAAUCUGUGUCAAGAAUUUCUAGCUUACCGAUUAUUGAAUCAAGUAUAAAGAUAGCUAAUAAUGUUUAUCACAAAAUCAAGCGUUCUAAUUCCUUAAUAAAUUGGAGUCUUAAUACUGCUGAACAUUCUUUCGUAAUUGCGACUGCAUCAGUUCAACCAGCGAUACAAAUGUUAAAUAAGCCGAUUUUUUCAAUUGAUCGUCUUCUGUGUCAAAGUAUUGACAUUGUUGAAGAACGGAUUCCAAACAUCUGUUUACCACCAGAACUUAUGUACUCGAACACGCGAGAAUUCAUGAAUAAUAAAUUUGUCAAGCCAGUACUGAAACGAGCCGGAAGUGUAAAACAAAUAGGUAGUCAAGCUGCGAACAUAGCUGCUGAUAAAUUGGAUGAUGCUCUAACUGUUGUCGAUGGAUACGUUGAUCGUUAUUUACCAGAGGUUCUUGUGGAUAAUACAAAUGAAAAAAAUAAAAUAGAUGCAAAGCCGAGUGCAAUAACAACGAGUAAAACAGCUCGUACAAUUCAGCAUGGUGCUAGAUUUUCUCGUAAGCUUCAGAAACGACUUACUUAUCGAACUAUAGCCGAAGUCCAAGCACUUAAAAACCAAGGAGUCCAGUGUGUACAUAUAUGCACAAUUUAUGCAUGA